UUAGAAAUUAGAUUGUAUCUCCUCUGUGCCCUGAUUUGCUGAAAUUGAAAUCGACAAAAUCGAAACCUAGGGUUUACUCAGUCCAUGGAGGAUCCCAGUUUGAGCACCGAGCCCGAGGUGAUGGAUCUCUCUUCGUCUUGUGGAAAACGCAAGGCCGAAACGAUUUCACCGGAUGAAGGAUGCGAGGAAGAGGAGAGAAACAGUGAAAGCGACGACCAGGUUUGGGGUUUCGAUAGUUUCGAAGGAUCAGACUACGAGUCGCCUGAUGAGCCUCCCGAGGAUGACGAGGAACUUGAGUUACGUCGAUACACGCGCCAUUACCACGAGAGCCAGGGUUUCAAAGUGGAUAAAGAUAAGCUGCCUAAAUAUCUUACUUACGGAUUACGCGGUCUCGAUCUGGAUGCCCACUUCUUCAAGCCAAACCUCACGGGGCGUGAGUACAUGGAGAUUAUGGCCAAUGUGGCUAUUGACAAAUACAACCAAGUAGAGAAUAAGACGGUUACGCUUGAUCAUAUAGUGAGGGUCGUGGUGCAAAUGAGCUAUGGAAUCAAAGGUUAUAUUACUUUCAUGGCAAAGGAGUCUCCUCAUGGAGAGCUUGUGGAGUAUCAAGCUAAGGCUGAGCGCAAGGCAUGGCAAAGAAACAUUCAUCCCAUCUUUUGCAGACCAGCUCCCUCUUAAUUUUAAGGAUUGAUGGUGUGGUUGGGCGUUCCCAAUGCCCAGGCCAGGUAGAUUAAGUAGUUAUGAAUUUUUUUCUUUUUUUUCUUGAUGCCCUAUGGACUAAAACUUUUAUGAUCAGAACUCGAUUUAUGUUUGUGUAAGGUUUCUUGUGGGGGUUAAAUUAUUUAAAAAAGACUGAGACCUUUAUAUAUCCGGUUGAGAUCCCAUUGUAUCCAAGUACUGUAGUUGGUUUAUUACUAAAUCCGUGAAGCUAA